ACCACUUUGUGUUCGUCAUCUGACGUAAGUGACUCGCGUAAUCUGUUCCCUACUCGUUGGAAAAUACCCAGUUGCUCAAAGUCUCCACACACACGUUUACGUGUGAACACUGUUUUAACCGAUGUUGCUGUUAAAUCGACCGCUUCAGCUUGUUCCAACAAUAGAGUUGCUGGCAACACAGGAGCCUUCAUUGGCGACGCCCUUCCGACGUAUGCUAACCCUCAUCCCAGUCAUAAUGACCGUUCUGUUGCAUCGGAAAACUGGCACUGUACACGGAAGUCUACAGUGAACCUUGGUAUUUGCGAACUACCUCAACGUCCCAAUCAUCAAGAGAAUUUUCCAUCACUGCCAUUCUCACCAGCUGGUUCCCCAUUGUCAAUGGACUCCUCACUCAAAUUGCUGAGUUUAUCGGAACAG